AUGGUAUUAUACGUCAAAGAAGAUCCUAUGAAAAUGAGCUGUACUGAUUCAUAUGCUGCAGCAUACUAUCCCACAGCUGAUUGGCCAGCACCAUAUACAUUUGGCUAUGAUAGGACGAGUGCUCGUGAUAAUGGAAUUGUCGCUUCCGCAACUGCCUCAACUCCUCCCAUGUAUACAACAUUAGGACCCCCUUCAACAUCAGUAGAUAUAUGGAAUGCUCCAGCACCAGCACAUUUCAAUCCACAACCUACUCAAAGUACAUAUAAAUGGAUGCACACAAAACGGGCUCACAAACCAGUUCCAAAGAAGAAAGUCAUCGACGAGAAUGGAACGAACAGAACAAACUUCUCUACACAUCAACUAACAGAAUUAGAAAAAGAGUUUCACACCGCCAAGUAUGUAAAUCGAACACGCAGGACGGAAAUUGCUAACAAUUUGAAAUUAAAUGAAGCACAGGUUAAAAUAUGGUUCCAAAACCGCCGGAUGAAGCAAAAAAAAAGAGAAAAAGAACAAGCUUUCCUGGCUCGCAAUGUUCAUUGUUUGGAAAACUCACCCCCAUCAGAUACGAUAUAUGAAGAGCGUAUGCACGUAUGA